AUGCCGGACGAGAAUGGGCCCCCCGAGAACUGUUCUCAUCCGCUUCCUAAGAUCUACAGCCCGGGGACAAGGUACUUCAAGCGGCAAAAGAAAAGGGUGACGUUCAGUGGGAAGACCGUUGGUUGUCUUUUUUCCUGGACCUGUCCCAAGGAACUGGCAAUGAAGAGGGAAGAAGUUUUGCAACGGCGAGAAGAGAAACAACUACACAAGAAGAACGUUCAGGCACACACUGGCAUUCCCAGCGACCUGCUCUUUACUUGGAAGGGAAAGAAAAAGAUUUUCAAGGACAACAUGGAGGCAGAGAGAUUCUUGCUAGAGCAAGAUGUUUAG